AUGAACCAGGUGGUUGCAACAUGCUGGACUUGCCUCCUACUCUCUGCAUUCCUGUGCGAGCCUGCGCUGUGCAAGGGCGGCCGUGGAGGGUCCCGGGGCUCCUCUCGAGGAUCCCCCUCUCGCAGCUCCACAGCGGGGACUUACCGGGGCGGAGGCGCCUACGGUGGGACCCGCUCUCGCUUCAGGGUGGCAGGGCGAACCUCCCCGGUGAGGGUGGCAGGUGCAGCAGCAGCGGGGGCAGCGGUGGCGUUAACGGCGGAUAAAUGGUACGCCUCCGCCUACCGCCGCAGCAACGCCGACAGCUCAGAGGAGGAGCUGGAUUAUUACAACAGGACCAAUUACUUUGAUGCUCAAAU